CAAAUACCAAUCCUCAUUUUCUCUCACCUCCAUUUUUUUUUAACUUCCCCAUCAUUUGUCAUUUCCCCUCGUUCUCCUCCAUUUUUCACAUUAAAAGUCAUCAAAAACACCAUCAUCAUCACAUACCUCUGCACCAGAUCUACCCAAUUCCACGACUAAUCAUCACUCCAUUAGCGCUACGAGCUAGAACAAAAAGAACCGUAAGCAGCACAAAACAAUGUCGAGCGACAGCGAAGAUCUCGACGAAGAUGAGCUUCUUCAGAUGGCAUUGAAGGAACAAGCUCAAAGAGAUGUCAAUUACCAAAAGCCUCCGUCAAAAUCAUCGAAACCAGUCGCCAAUUACGUCCAGCCACCGGCGAACAAAGCUCCGGCGUCGGCGACCAAAACCUCUAACCCUAGACAACGAAAUCAUACCAAGUCUAUGGAUGAAGAUGAUGAUUCCGAGGUUGAGAUGUUGAGUAUUUCUUCCGGCGAUGAGGAAUCGUCGAAAGCGUCAACUUAUAGUGGCGCCAAAGGCCGGAGUAGAGCUGCUAGAGCGUCGAAAGAUGAUGCCGAUGUUCAGUGGGCUGGUGGCGAGCCUGAUUGCUGGAAGCGUGUCGAUGAGUCUGAGCUUGCUCGUAGAGUUCGAGAGAUGCGUGAGGCUAGAGCAGUACCAGUACCAGUACCAGUACCAGUGGUGCCAAAGUUUGAGAAUAAACCUUCAGCAUUGGGUAAAAAGGGGCUGGCUAAUUUACAAUCGUUUCCACGAGGCAUGGAGUGUAUUGAUCCACUAGGAUUGGGGAUAAUAGACAACAGAACACUGAAGUUAAUAACAGAUACGUCAGACAGCUCUCCGUCAAAUGAAAGAGAUAACAUCAACAAUGAUCUACGAGAAAAGUUGGCGUAUUUUUCAGAGAAGUUUGAUGCAAAGUUGUUCCUGUCUCGGAUACAUCACGAUACAAGUGCUGCAGAUCUAGAGGCUGGGGCCCAUGCUAUAAAAACCGACCUUAAAGGUCGCACUCAGCAGAGGAAAAAUCUGGUGAAGGAAAAUUUUGAUUGUUUUGUCUCAUGCAAGACAACCAUUGAUGAUAUUGAAUCGAAGUUGAAACGGAUUGAAGAAGAUCCAGAGGGUGCUGGAACUAUGCACCUGUAUAAUAUGAUUCAGAGAGUGAGUUCACAUGCUAACCGUGCAUUUGAGCCUCUGUUUGAAAGACAGGCUCAAACAGAAAAGAUCAGGUCUGUUCAAGGUAUGCUUCAGAGGUUUCGCACACUUUUCAACUUGCCCAGUACAAUUCGUGCUAGCAUCAGCAAUGGAGAACAUGACUUGGCGGUUAGGGAAUAUAAGAAAGCAAAGUCAAUUGCGCUGCCAUCUCAUGUUGGAAUAUUGAAACGUGUACUUGAGGAGGUCGAAAAAGUGAUGCAUGAGUUUAAGGGAACGCUUUACAAAACUAUGGAAGACCCGCAGAUAGAUUUGACAGAUCUUGAAAACACAGUAAGGCUGCUCUUGGAGCUAGAACCUGAAUCAGAUCCUGUGUGGCAUUAUCUCAACUUACAGAACCAAAGGAUCAGAGGCUUGUUAGAAAAAUGCAUGUAUGACUAUGAGGCAAGGCUUGAAGCAUUGCAGCAUGAGAUACGUGAGCGAGCUCUCUCUGAUGCAAAGUGGAAACAGAUAUUGCAGGGAUCUAGUCAAUCUCCAGACGCGAAUGGGAACCUUGACCUUGCCGGAGACUCCCAGUCAAUGGAAUUGACUGGGGAAGAAGUUGAUGCUUUGAAAAGGAAGUACAUCCAGAAGCUAACAUCUGUUCUCAUUCAUUACUUACCAGCCUUCUGGAAAAUAGCUCUUUCAGUUUUUAGUGGAAAAUUUGCCAAGUCUUCCCAAGUUGCUGCUGAUUCCAAUGUCACUGCCUUCACUGCCUCAAAUAAGAUGGAAGAAGUGAAGUACUCCAGUCAUUCUCUUGAUGAGGUUUCGGGAAUGAUGCGUAGUACAAUUUCUCUCUAUGAGGUCAAGGUGCUCCACACAUUUCGUGAGUUUGAAGAAUCAAAUAUACUUCAUCCAUAUAUGUGUGACUCCAUAAAGGAAGUAUCUAAAGCUUGCCAGGCUUUAGAAGUCAAAGAAUCAGCCCCUGCUAUUAUUGUAAUGGCACUGAGAGCAGUUCAUGCAGAAGUUUCAAAGACUUAUAUAAUGAGGCUUUGUUCAUGGAUGAGAACGACUAUCGAAGAAUUAUCUAGAGAUGAAACCUGGGUUGCGGUGUCCAUAAUUGAAAGAAAUAGGUCGCCAUACAGGAUCUCUUACUUGCCUCUUGCAUUCCGGUCGAUUAUAAUUUCAGCGUUAGAUCAAGUCAGCCAGAUGCUUCAGACAUUAAAGAGCGAGGCAGCAAAGACAGAAGAUGUCUUCAUUCCCUUCCAAGAAAUCCAAGAAUCUGUUAGAUUAUCCACUUUGAAUUGCUUCUUGGAUUUUGCUGGGCAUCUUGAACGUAUUGGAACCGAGUUGGCACAGAGCAGAUCAAACAGGGGAAGUCCAUAUCUACCAAAUGGACAUUCUGAUGAAGCCUUGGAAAGGUCUUUGGAUCUUCCUCCAGGAAGCGUUGUUGAUCCACAUCAACAGUUGUUGAUGGUCUUGAGCAAUGUCGGAUAUUGCAAAGAUGAGCUUUGUUAUGAGCUGUACAAUAAAUACAAACACAUCUGGUCAUACUCUCGGGAGAGAGACGAAGAGGACUCUGAUAAAGUUGAUUUGGUAAUGGCUUUCUCUGCUCUAGAAGAGAAGGUCCUGGAACAGUACACUUUUGCCAAGGCAAACUUGAUCAGGACAGCUGCAAUGAGUUACUUAUUAGAUGCGGGAGUUCAGUGGGGUGCCGCUCCUUCAGUCAAAGGUGUACGUGAUGCAGCUGUGGAGCUACUACACACCCUGGUAGCGGUGCAUGCAGAGGUCUUUGCCGGGGCUAAGCCCCUUCUUGAUAAGACACUUGGUGUUCUUGUCGAAGGUUUGAUUGAUACUCUUCUGAGUAUCUUCCAUGAAAAUGAAAGCACAGAACUCAAGUCACUGGAUGCAAAUGGUUUCUGUCAGCUUAUGCUUGAGCUUGAAUAUUUUGAGACUGUACUAAAUCCCUACUUUACAAAUGACGCAAGGGAAUCUUUAAAAUCACUUCAAGGUAUGCUGCUGGAAAAAGCUACAGAAAGUGUUACUGAGGCUGUUGAAAAUCCUGGGCAUCAUCGACGAUCAACUCGAGGGACGGAAGAUGCUCUUGUAGAUGAAAGACAGCAGGGAAUAAGUGUAUCACCAGAUGAUCUCAUAGCACUUGCACAGCAGUGUAGCUCAGAGCUUCUUGAAGCAGAGCUCGAGAGAACACGUAUAAACACAGCAUGUUUUGCGGAAUCUCUUCCACUGGACUCUGUGCCAGAGUCAGCAAAAUCUGCAUAUGCCUCCUUCAGUAAGUCACUGGAUUCUCCAAGCAAGAAUUACAGAGGCGGGCAAGUAGUUAAUCCGCCCCCUAGCUUCACCAAACAGCGACGUAGAUGAGUCAGGUUGUAUCUUGAUUCUUGAACUUGUGUGUAUUCUAUUCCUCAAUCCGUCUCCAUUUUUGGUCAGUUUUGCUCUCAUUGAUUUGUGUAAUUGUUGUAUUUAGCAAAUUUAGUGGAAAGAAUGCAAUGUUAUUUUAACAAUAUAGUGUGCCAAUAAAAUUAUCAAUUUCACCA